AGCAAGAAAAUGGUGAAUCAAGAGAGUUUCAUCAGGCAGAGAAUCACCAAAGCUAGUGAGCAGCUUAAGAAGCAGCAUAAGGAGAAUAGAGAAAAGGAAAUUACUCGGAUUAUGUACCAGUGUUUGAUGGGUGAAGGGCUGCAGAAUUUGAUGAUGCCAGAUUUGAAUGAUCUUGGGUGGUUGCUCAAUCAGAACUUGAAAGAGAUUAACAAGAGAAUUGAUGAGCUCGAAAAAACUACUACUCCACCUCCUCCACAGCAGUUUGCACCGCCGCCACCACACAUACCAACAGGUAAUUUGUAUAUGCUGGAGCAGAAAUCGACGGUGGAUUUAACAAUGGAUGCCAUGGAAAGGCUACAAUGGUUCACAGAUUGGACGAACAAUCCCAGUGAUCAUCAGCAAAUGAAUUCUUUUGGACAUGGAGAUGAAAUGAUGCUGCCAUUUUGUGAGAAUAAUCACAAUACAAUGUGGUCUAAUGCCUUCUUCCUUUGA